AUGCUGGGAGGCGCCAUACCUACUUCGGAAUCUGGCUAUCGAUCUUCCUCGCAGGCCCAAGCCUCGCUCCAACCUUCGUCACAUCUGGAGACCGGCGGCGCCUCUAGGUCGGCCUCGUCUCACACCACCCCCACCUCGUCCACAGCCCCGCCGUCAACGUCCGCCUCAGCUCGCCUCCCCUCCCACCAAACCACCCAGGAUGUUCCGCCUUAUAUCUAUCACCCUUCCGACUCGAAUUCUUACCCCUCAUCACGGGCCUCCUCAACCACCUCGGGUAUAAUAACCGCCCACCCGAACUCAGCAUCAAUGACCACAACCACCAGCGGUAGCCAUACAUCUCGCUCCGAUAUUCACGCCCACGCCGCACCUCAAACGUAUGCCCCUCAUGUCACCGCCAGCCAUGCAUACGCGACCGCGACAUCUGCGCCACACAGCCGAAAUCACUCCUCCCCAGCAUCACCGCAGCUGAGGCCCACCCAUCAGUCUCUGCGCUCCUUAGGCGGCUCGGAGGCAAAUUCACCCAGUCGCAUCCGAGUACGCGAUCUGUCCCAUAUACAAAGCUUUGCAAGUCAGGAAAUGUUGGCACACCGAGAUUGCAUGACGGGUCAGUGGGGAUCCCGAGAGCGCCAGUACGAAAUCAGUUCCAUGCCGGUCACGGACAUCAUCGAGAUGGUGGCUGGGCUCUUGACAAAAAUUACUACUACCAACGACAUGCACCAUGAGCACAUCCAUCGCCACAUACCACCCCCGGACGGGACCUCUAAUCUCAGCCCGCAGGCCGCUAGUGUUCUUGCCUUCCACGGCAAGAAUGUGCCGAGUAUCAGCAUUCUCAGCUAUUUGACGAGGAUUCAUAAAUAUUGUCCCACGACUUACGAAGUCUUCCUCAGUCUUCUGGUGUAUUUUGAUCGUAUGACGGAGUUGGUCAACCGGGUCCAGCUUGAGCGAUUACGGCGUCGCCAGGCCCGAUCGGCUGCUUCAUUGGGGAUUAAUGGUGACCGGCCUCAGACUUCCCAGCUGUCGACGACAGAUGCAUCUCCAUUGGCAACUCCGCCGUCAUCAGCGAAUUUUGCCCCCCAGGACCCGUCCACACCCUCGUCCUUAUCACCGUCUCUAGAUCCUCAGGACGAGGACGAGGCGCUUUCCCACUUCUUCAUCGUCGAUAGCUUCAAUAUUCAUCGGCUAGUCAUCGCAGGCGUGACUUGUGCCAGUAAAUUCUUCUCGGACGUUUUUUACACAAACUCGCGAUAUGCAAAGGUUGGGGGUUUACCAUUGGUUGAGCUCAACCAUCUGGAGCUUCAAUUUCUUCUCUUGAAUGACUUUCGUCUUUCGAUUCCUGUGGAAGAGCUUGAGGCGUAUGGCACAAUGCUGGUAGAGUUUUACGCUCGGGAGAUCGUUUCGCAGCAGCAGCAGCAGCAACAAUCGCAAACGGGCAUACCUCGUUCAAUACACGCCGCUCCAACAAUGGACUCUCAGUCCGACGGGAUGUACAUGCGCACGCGGGAGAAGCACCGACCCGAUCAGCCGGAGGUUCGCCAAACCCCCACUCCACCCUAG